AUGGUCUGCGAGGGUACGGAUUACAAUCGGGUAGUUGGCUGUGGUGAGAUCGAAGGACGUUGCCCGUUCAACACUCGCCAGAAAUACAGCAGCAACAAGGAGCGCGACCGAGUAGAGAGGCAUCAUAGCUUGUGCUUGAUGAUCAAGUACCACGUAAUUUAG